GAACAUCGAAAAGAAAACAACUACGGAAUUCUAUAGGAAUCUAGUUCGUAUCGUUUUAGUGAAAAGUAAAGGCUAGUUCCAGAUAUCCGACUUUUUCCUGGUCUAGAUUACAUAACUGGACCAAUGCAAUGUAAACACAGUUAUCUGACAACGCCUUCGGUCAAAGUACACUUGUCUACGUCACAGUACGUGAAAAUAUAGCAAGUAGAAGUGGGUCAGUCAGGUCGGAAACUGUACCAAGAUCCAGUACGACCAUGUUCAAACAACUUCAACGUCUGCUGGUUCAGUCUUACGUCAACAGCCAGUCUCUGUUGGCCAGGAGUCCGUGCGCCUGUGUCCUCUCACAGCAGAUUUCUAGUUCCACGUGUCACAUGGCCGCUCAGCCAACCGUGACGCCAGACAACACCCUUCAAAGUCACAUCCCCGACAUUAAAAUCCCAACCAAUGUACCAUUCCAUCAGUACCUCUUUGAGAAGUGUGACUUGUUCAAAGACCAGACAGCAGUCGAUGAGUUUCUGACCGGAAGGAAAUACACAUACCAGCAACUGAAAGAGAAGUCGAUCAAAGUGGCUCGUGGUCUUUACAACAUGGGCUAUCGUAAAGGAGACGUAGUGUUGGCCUUCUCCCCAAACCACAUCGACUACACUGUACUGAUGCUAGCCUGUUCUACAAUCGGUGUCUGGUUCAGCGCUGCCAACCCGGCCUACACAGCAGAGGAGUUGAGCUGUCAGAUCAGUCACAGUGAGUGUAAAGCAAUCUUCACCAUUCCAUUCUUCGCUGGGACCGUCAAGUCAGCUCUGGACAUUAAAAGUCACCCCCACAAAGUGAAAGAUCUAUUUGUUUUUGGCGAGGCGCAAGGAUACCAACCCUUUGACACUCUUUUGUCAGGAGAUGGAACCACGUGUCCAGACGUUGACAUUGAUCCUGUCAAGGACGUUUUCAUUCUGCCCUAUUCCAGUGGCACCACUGGGAUGCCCAAAGGCGUUAUGCUAACCCACUACAACUGUUUGGCCAAUGUCUUACAAGCACUCACAAGUAUACACGUAAGUACUGAAGACCGAGCCCUUGGAUUACUGCCCUUGUAUCAUAUUUAUGGCAUGACUGCGGUCCAGUUUUCAGUUCUCUUCAGCGGGGCAGCAAUUACAUUUCUUCCAAAAUUUGAACCGGAAACGUUUCUGAAAUGUCUUCAGGGUAAAAAGAUCACCGUGGCCCAGCUGGUACCACCCCUGAUUAUAUUUUUGGCCAAGCAUCCAGUGGUCAGUGCCUUCAACCUGACUUCUCUUCAAAAGGUCGUCAGUGGAGCCGCCCCGCUUGGAGCGGAAGUUACCAUAGAGUUCACUAAAAGGUUUACCCACGGGGUCACCAUCAACCAAGGCUAUGGACUGACUGAGACAUCACCAGUAACAAACGUCGAUGUAACGGGAACACCCGGAUCUAUCGGUAACUUGGUGGCCAAUACCCAAGGAAAGAUUGUCGACCUAGUGACCAACAAAACUUUAGGAGUAGGAGAAGUCGGAGAGUAUUGUGUCAAAGGUCCUCAGAUCAUGUCCGGUUACUUCAAAGAUAAACAAGCAACAGAUCACAUGAUAGAACCAGAUGGCUGGCUCCAUACAGGUGACAUCGGCUAUGCCUCACCGGAAGGUCUGGUGUUUAUUAAAGACCGACUAAAGGAGCUUAUAAAAUACAAAGGUUCUCAAGUACCUCCAGCUGAGUUAGAAGCCUUGUUGUUAGGCCAUCCAGAUGUCCAGGAUGUAGCUGUAUUGGGGGUACCAGAUGAACAAUGUGGCGAACUACCGAAAGCUUUUGUGGUCAAGAAACCAGGUUCAAAGGUCAGGGAAGAGGAACUAGUGAAAUAUGUAGAAGAUAAAGUAGCUCACACCAAAAGACUCAGAGGUGGUGUUUUGUUCAUCAAUGAAAUUCCAAAAAACCCAAGUGGAAAAAUAUUGCGACGUAUAAUGAGAGACCAAUACAUCAAGUCUUAAAACAUCAUCUUUUAAAACAUUUGAUCAACACUAGUACAAUAAAUGCACAAUACAUCAACAUGUACAUAUCUCUUUUAUAUUCACUAAUGUUUAAUUGUGAACAGAAUUUGUUGUACUAAAAGUUACAAUCACAAAUUGCAGCCCAAAAUCUUACUGUACAUAAUUACUUUUCUGUUGGAAUGUUUUGAAUUCAAAUUGUUUCUACCUUUAGUUAUAAAUUUUUUUGUAUGUACUGUAUAUAAAUGAAUGGAAUGCCGAUGUUAUUAUGUAGUGUUGUGAGACUAGGCUGCUUCUGAUGACUGAAUUUUUUUUACAGUUGUUAUCUUUUACUAAGAAAAUGUGAUAUGUAGAAUAAUGAACUAGCCAUCUUAAUAUGUAUAUUGGGAAUGUCUAUCAAAAUGUUUGCUUGGAGACACUGAUAACUCAUCCUUCACCUGCUGUUUAUUAUACAUACACUAAAGUGUUGGUGUUCUCUGACUAAAUACUUGUUAUCUAAGAUUUGUGUGUACAUAUAUUUAUAGUAAGUCAACAUUCAUGUGUUAUGAUUAAAUGUUGGAUAGCAAAUAAUAUCAGAAGAAAACUUGUUUUUUUGUUCCAUUUCUUUUUAUCAUAACAAUAAAAGAAAAUAAUUUCUA